AUGGCUUCUUCCACCUCCAUAUGUGGGAAAUGGUUAGCCGGAUAUGGAAAAUAUAAGGCCGAUUCUCAGUUUUCACCUGGAAUCUAUCCCGCCACCGGUCGGCUCUAUUUGCCGGUCGCCCGACAAAUGACCACGAUCUCGCUACAAAGUUCAUCUUAUCAGUCUCUCCGGCAGCAGCAGCUGCCCGCCAGCAGAAACGUGAUACGGCUGGCAUGCUGUCCUGAAAUCGAUUCAUGUGCUGAAGUGGACUCGUUUCCAGGCGAUGACUUCGUGUUGAGGGGAUACUCUCACGGCUGGCAGGCUCUGUUCAACCCGGACAGCCUCGACACGUUCCUCUAUAACCCUGUCUCUCGCCGCCGCAUAAAGCUUCCCCCGAUUGAGGACCUGCCGCGUCACCCCUCCUUUAACUAUAUUGGAAACAUGAGGACAAGCGUGGACAAGUGUAUCCUCUCAUGCUCACCCGACGAGGACGAGGAGAACUGCCGGGCCGUGAUUAUCUUCAACGAGAUUGGGGCACUGGCCUGUUGCUGCCCGGGACGCAGCGUGAAUUGGAUCCCACUCGGUGACAAGGAUAUGUUCCUGUGGUGGGAUGAGGUGCCCGGCCGCCGGUGGAGGUGGUCGGGCUGCUACGAGGACUGCGUGUACUCGCCGGAGCACAAACUGGUGUUUGCCCUCACUACCAGCGGGCAUCUGAACUCGUGGGACCUGUGGGACCCACUGUACCCGCUGGACCUUCUGGAACCGGUGAAGAAGGAGCUGGCUGAGCUGGACAGCAGCAGGCAUGAUCAUUCGUUCAAUAAAUUCAAGUUUUACGAUGGGCGGAUUGACCGUCAGCCAGAUGAUCUGCCGGCGGAGCAUCUGGCGGUGGUUGGCCGGGACAUAAUUGUAGUGACUCAGCACGCUGGUGGUGGUGGAUUUGACGUGCAUAGGUAUGAUCCGGAGGAAGAAGGUGGAUUUAAGUGUUCGGACCUCGGUGCUUGGGCCCUCUUCAUCGGCUUUCAGAGUAACGCCUUUGCUUUGCCUGUGGCAAACUUCCCUGGGCUCAAGUCCAAUUCAAUUUACUUCACUGAUAACAGCACUCAAGUUGUCCACAUUUUCGAUUAUGAAGAAAAGACCGUGUCGCCGAGCUAUUAUCCAUCUAAUGUUGAGCACCUUGAAAGGAUUGUGAAACAAGACAAGACCGAGCUAUUAUCCGUCUCAUGUUGA